GCCUCUUAAGCUCCUCACUCUUCCCCCUCCAUAAUACUUCAAUAACAAAACAUGGUGAAGUUCUCAAAGGAGCUCGAAGGUCAGCUAAUCCCUGAAUGGAGGGAUGCUUACCUGAGCUAUAGGGAAUUGAAGAGGCAUAUAAAGAAGAUCAAGCUAUCUAGAUUACCCAAACAUCCCCGCCAAGACAUGAACGGCGACUAUGGUCUGUCCAUUUUCGACCCCGUACGCUUCGUCGCUUGGAAAAUCUGUGACAAGUUCCGCAAUUCCGAUAGCAAAACUGAUGUGAUUCAGAUCGGGAGGAGUAAAAGCAUGGAGGACGGUGAAGAUCAGGAGGUGUACGAAACUGAUCUCUCUCAACUGUUUUCCCAAGAAGAUGAGGUUAAACUACAUGUCAGGAUAUUCUUCGAGAAAUUGGACGAAGAACAUAAUAAGAUCAACCAAUUUUAUAAGGAGAGAGAGAGUGAGGUUGUUGAGAAAGCAGAGAUUUUAAACAAACAGCUGCAGAUUUUGGUGGACUAUAAGCAAGUUCUCAGCCACCUCCGUCUCCAGAAAAACUCCCCGUCCAGUCCAAACUUCGGAAGUUCCCCUCCUUCUUGGUCAUCUGUAUCUCCUCCCCGGUCUUCUAAUUAUUCCGAAAGCUCUAUUGAAUUAGCUGAAAACCUUAGUCAUGAUCAGAUGUAUUCGGAGACUGAGGAAGUAAUAGCAGCAUUAGAUCAAAGAAACAGUAGUACUAGGAAUUAUAGCGGGACGAAGACAAAACUAACAAAGCAAGGGAAGCCUAAGAUGGGCGUGAAGAUUGACAUUCCUGCUGAAACACCAACACGCGCGAUCGCGGCCUUGACAUCAUCGCUGUGGGAAGAUUUGGUGAAGAUCAGUCCCAAAAAAGAGUACUGCCGUACUGGAGAUCAAUUGAUUAAUCGAAAGAAGGUUCAGUCUGCAGAGAAGAUGAUUCGGGGGGCCUAUGUGGAGCUCUAUAGAGUCCUUGGUCUGCUCAAAGCUUACAGCUCGAUGAACAUGAUGGCGUUUACAAAGAUACUCAAGAAGUUUGACAAGGUAUCCAACCAGCAUGCUUCUGCGAAUUAUCUACAAGCAGUGAAGGCCUCUCCUUUUAUUAGUUCCGAUAAGGUGGUUAAACUGAUGGACGAAGUGGAAUCCAUAUUCAUAAAGCACUUCGCCAGCAAUGACAGGAAAAAGGCAAUGAAAUUCCUGCGGCCACAACAGAAAAAAGCUUCUCACAUGAUCACCUUCUUUGUUGGAUUGUUUACUGGUUGUUUUGUAUCACUGUUUACUAUAUAUGCAAUCUUAGCACACUUGUCGCGUAUGUUCUCCCCUCCUACAGAGAUAGCUUAUAUGGAUGGAGUAUAUCCGGUUUUCAGUGUGUUUGCGUUACUAAGCUUGCACCUGUUCAUGUAUGGGUGCAAUUUGUUCAUGUGGAAGAGUAAGAGGAUCAAUUACAACUUCAUCUUUGGAUUCUCACCCAAUACAUCCCUCAAGUACAGAGAUGCCUUCCUCAUCUGCACCACCCUCAUGACCAUUGUGGUCGGGGCGAUGGUCGUCCACCUUCUUUUGCGGGCCAGUGGCGUCUCACCUGGCCAAGUUGAUGCCAUUCCUGCCAUUCUUCUUUUGUUUUCCCUCGCUCUGCUCAUAUGCCCAUUGGACAUCUUCUAUCGCACGACGCGCUACUGCUUUAUCCGUGUUAUUCGUAACAUAUUCUUCUCUCCAUUUUAUAAGGUUGUGUUGGUCGACUUUUUCAUGGCCGACCAGCUUACUAGCCAGAUUCCGUUGUUGAGGCAGAUGGAAUCCGCAGCCUGCUACUUUCUGGAGGGAAAUUUUAGAACACACCACUAUGAAACCUGCAGAAACGGAAGGCUAUUCAAGGAUCUAUCUUAUGUCAUUUCAUUUAUGCCAUACUAUUGGCGUGCAAUGCAGUGUGCAAGACGAUGGUUUGAUAGCAAUGACGUGGACCAUUUGGCUAACAUGGGGAAGUAUGUUUCGGCCAUGGUGGCAGCCGGCGCGAGGCUAACAUAUGAUCACAAGAAUCACGACCACCACAGCAUAUGGUUUCCCGUAGUCAUAGUAACUUCCGUGGUGGCCACCGUAUAUCAGUGUUACUGGGAUUUUGUGAAGGACUGGGGGCUUCUCAAACAAAACUCCAAAAACUUAUGGCUAAGAGAUGAUUUGAUUCUGAAAAACAAAAACAUCUACUAUGUAUCCAUCGCCUUGAAUGUUGUUCUAAGAGUCGCAUGGGUGGAAUCUGUGUUGAAGUUGAACGUUAAUGAUGUUCAACAACGGCUGCUAGAUUUUGUCUUGGCUUCAUUAGAAGUAAUUCGUCGCGGGCAUUGGAACUUUUAUAGGUUGGAGAAUGAGCAUCUAAACAACGUCGGAAACUACAGGGCAGUGAAGGAAGUUCCAUUACCAUUCCACGAGAUGGAUUCUGAUGGCUGAAUAUGCUAUUCUUAGACUAAUGUACAGAUCAUGUCCAUGCCAAGCUGAUAGUACUAGAACCGAUCCUCCACAUUAUAAAUAACAAAAUGUGAGAUCUGAUCUCCCUUAUUCAUUACAUUUCCAAUUCAAAAUGUGAAUCCUCAGGCGCCAUUUGUAAUGAAAAAAGGCGCGUGUAAAACUAACAAUAUGUUUCCGGUACAUUUUGGCAUUCCGAGUUGGACUGGACAUGAGGUUAUAAGUAA